GAAAAAUGGAUAUAAAUUGAUUACUUCUGACAUUUUUGUUAGGAUAGCCGGAGUAAAGUUCGGGCUUCUCUGAGAACCACUCGUUACGGAGCCGCGUAGCCCUUUUUUUCUCCUCAGCUUAACAGUUUCCGCCGGAGAUCUCUCUCCGAUAUGAAGCUCUCCGAUCUCGGCGGAAAUGGCGGAGUCGUCAACCAGGCGCACUUAAUCGCCGUGUCUUUGGUCGGCGUCGUCGCCGCCGCCGGAACGCACUAUCGAUGGGGGCGGAGGUCAAGGUCGUCGUCGGCCGUCGAGGAUCAGAAAAUCGUGCCGCUGAUCGGACGGACGGAGUCCGGCCACGCCGGUAGCGUCGAAAAGUUUUCUCACUACUUCGCGAGGCAGGUGGGAUUUGCAGACGGCGGGGAGUGCCCACGGCUGGGGAAAUUGGUGGACGAUUAUUUGAAGAAGAAAAAAGGGUGCGAGGAAUCGUUGUACGAUUAUUUGGUGGAUGAAAAAGACGCCGAUUCGUUAUAUGUGAAGCUUAUUCAAGAGCUGGAGACUUGUAUUUUGAGCUACUUCGCUUUUCACUGGGACCGAGCUCCUUCCAUGGUUUCUCAGGCGUUGAGUAGUGAUGAAUCUGUGCACAAAACAAAGUUCAAAGGCUUUGUAAUGGCCGCCACAAGGAAGCAGAGGUUCGAGAGGGUGACGAAGGAUCUAAAAGUGAAGAGGGUAUUAUCGACCCUGGUGGACGAAAUAAAAGCGAUGGGCGGCGCCGGCGACGGAGUGGACCCAAAUUCGAAAUGCACCGCCGUGAUGGCUCCGGUGGCCCUCAGCCAGAGGAGUCCGGUUCUGCUUCUCAUGGGCGGCGGCAUGGGAGCCGGCAAAAGCACCGUCCUCAAGGAUAUUCUCAAAGAACCAUUUUGGUCAGAAGCUGAAGCAAAGGCAGUUGUAGUCGAGGCUGAUGCCUUCAAAGAAACCGACGUCGUUUAUAAAGCAAUUAACUCAAUGGGCCGCCACGACGACAUGCUCCAAACUUCCGAACUGGUGCACCAAUCAUCGACGGAUGCAGCAUCGUCGCUAUUGGUGACUGCGCUGAACGAAGGAAGGGAUGUGAUUAUGGAUGGGACUCUUGCAUGGGAGCCGUUCGUGGUGCAGACGAUUGAGAUGGCGAGAAACGUUCACAAACAUCGGUACCGCAUGGGCUUCGGCUACAAGGUUGCCGAGGAUGGGACUGUCACAGAAAAUUACUGGGAACAGGUCAGUGAAGAUGAAGAACAACGAUAUGAUUUCGAUGGUGUAGUUCAAAAAGAUAGAAAGCCUUACAGAAUUGAGAUUGCUGGAGUUGUUUGUGAUGCUCAUUUGGCUGUUAUCAGAGGCAUAAGACGGGCGAUAAUGGUUGGAAGGGCUGUGAGGGUGAACUCACAGCUGAAAUCCCACAAAAGAUUUGCUAAGAACUUUCCCAAAUAUUGCAAACUUGUUGAUAAUGCCAGACUCUAUUCCACCAAUGUCAUGGGCGACCCUCCAAAGUUGAUUGGGUGGAAAAAUGGAGAGAGCAAGCUACUGGUAGAUCCAGAAGAAAUAAAAUGUGUUUCGGUGAUGAGCAGCUUGAAGGAGAAUGCAGUGUCAGUAUACGAUCUUUACCCAGAUGCUGCAAGCAUUUUGAACGAGCCAGGUUCGCUGUGGAAAGAAACUGUAAUGUCAUCUUCCAGGUCCACUAUUCAGACGGAGUUGAAGGCUUCCAUACAAACCAUUGAAUCUAAAUAGCUCUGCUUUACUUUUUAUGUCUUUUUUCUUUCUUUUUUUGUGGAAGAAGAUGAAUGGAAGUUUUUUAGACUUGGGUCUGGUUGAUAUGAUGUUUUGCAUACAAACUAUGUUUUUUUGUGGAAGAAGAUGAAUGGAGUUGAAGGCUUCCAUACAAA